AUGAUCGCAAAAGCCGCAGUAAUCCUGUCCCUAGUGGCAUUAGCAGCAGCCGGCGUUGUCCAACUCGGCCACGGGUACGGCAGCGAGGGCUAUGGCCACGAAGCAGCAUACGCGCCAGUAGCUCAAGUAGCCCAGUACGAAGGGCACGACGAACACGUCGAUUACCAUAGUUCUCUACUUUUUCUGUUCGUUACGAUCUGGUUACAAGAUACCACUUCUGGGGCGUCAUUUUCAAAUGUUAUAGUGCAAAGAGGAUCUGAUGUACUUCCCAUAGAAUACAUUAACUAUAAUCCAUCUGCAUUAACAUACACGUCUCAAGUGGCUCGUUUAUCUCAAGCACCAUUACAAUCAGUAAUUUCCGAACCGCUAGUAUCAAGUGUUUUGUCUCCAUGUGUGUCGCCUUGCGUCAUUCCUAAUGCAGCUCCCGUCCAAUCCACGGUUAAUGCUAAAAUUGGUGCUUAUAAGACAUCAGCGGCGAAUGUACCUAUCAUAUUGACAAAUAAAGACGAAUCAAGGGGAUACCAAUAUGCUUACGCAGUUUUUGACGUAGACACCGGUGACAAGAAAACUCAAAGCGAACGCAGCGACGGGUCAGUAGUUCAAGGGCACUAUUCGUUCAUUCAACCUGACGGCUUCUUGCGCGACGUCGUUUAUACUGCGGAUGAUUUGAAAGGAUUCAAUGCUGUGGUACGUAACAUAUCUCCCGAACCGGAACACAAACAUACUUCUGAAACAGAAAAAUCAGAAGAGAAACACAUCAUACCGCCAUGCAAAGACAAUAAAAAUGAACAUUUGACACGUGAAAAGCACGAAGAAAGUUUGUUAUCAGAGGAAAUGCAUGAAAAACAGGAACAUUUAGAGGUAGAAAAUUUGGAUGAAAAAAAAAGUCAGGAAGCAAGUGCUGAAAAAAAUGAAGACGUUGAUAAAAGCCAGGAGCAUAGUGCUGAAAAAAGCGAAGAGGAAAGUAAGGAAAGCUCAAGUGAAAGACCUAUCGAAAAAUCGGAAGAAAAAUCAAACGAAGAAGUUCAUCCAAUAGUCUUAUCUGAAGGAGGCGAAGGAUCAAACUUGUUUAUUAAUUAUAGUGACAUAGUUAAAUGUCUACAAUCUAAACUACAAGGGCCGAAUGUGGUUUCUCCACUCACCUAUAUUGUAGCAUUUGGAGCUAUGUUGGCUGCAGCCAACGCUGGCCUUCUUCAUGGACAUGGACACGCUGUGUCCUCCCAAAGCAUUGUGCGUCACGAUGAAGGACACUACGCAGCGCCCAUCGCAUAUGCUGCACCAAUUGCUCAUGCUGCUCCAGUUGCCUACGCCCCCGUCGCUCACUACGCUGCACCCGCUGCCCAUUACGAGGGCCAUGAUGAAUAUAUCAUCGUAUUCGGAGCGGUGUUUGCUGCUGUCAACGCUGGUUACUACCAUGGCCCAGCCACGUCAUCUCAAAGUAUUGUACGUCAUGAUGAAGCACUCACACUAGGAAACGUCGCCGUACCACUCUACGACGCUCUCCCUCUGUCUCCCGUGGUUCACUAUCCUGCCCCUAUUCCAUAUGCUGGACAGUAUAGCGGUCUAUACGGUGGCCACGAUUCUUAUGCUUACCCCAAAUACGACUUCGCCUACUCAGUAGCAGACCCUCACACCGGUGACCACAAGUCACAGCAUGAGAGUCGCGACGGUGAUGCCGUCCAUGGAUACUACUCCCUGGUACAGCCUGAUGGCUCCGUACGUAAAGUGGAAUACUCUGCUGAUGAUCACAAUGGUUUCAACGCCGUUGUUCACAAUUCAGCACCUUCAAUCCACCCUGAAGCUAUCUAUGGACACUAUUAA